GCGGAUCGAGAUGCGGAUGGACGCAAGUGUAAACCGUUGCACCGUUAACUUGUUUAAAGUUGUGUGCGUGCCUUCAAAUAAUGGCACAAAACAUUUAUAAAAGAUAAAUUGCAUGACCUCUUCAGAAUGGACUACAAAUCCAUACCAUGUUCAAACUGGAAUGAAACCCAUGUUAGCUCAUGGUUACAGACAAUUGGACUAAAACCAGAGUACAUAGAGAAACUUGAGAAAGAAGAAGUAACAGGACCUGUACUUCUAACAAUUGAAAAAUCAUAUUUACGUGAAAUUGGUUUGCAAGGUGGCCAAAUACAGCUUUUGCUACGUAGACGAGAGGAGCUUUUACAGCAGGACAAGUCAAAAAUACUACAAAAUACUUCCCAUCUUGGUGAAGGCAGAGAGUAUGCAGAACCUAAGGUUGAUUCCUGCAGUGGUGUAACUAAACUGGAAGAAACAUUGUCAGUUAGUGAUGACUCUGCAGCACCUGUGUUUUUGACAACAAGUGGGUAUCGAAAAUUUGAUGACAAUGAUGUAUACUUCAGCUACAAAAAGAAUGACAUACUUCCACCAGAGACAGGAAUAUACAAAAUGAUCACUCCAUGUCAUGAGUAUAAAUCUCUGGAAAAUGCGUGUAAAUUGGAAUCAAGAAAACUGAAGGUCAAAUAUGCCAGUGAAGUUAUUCGAUUUGCAUGUGCAUGCAUGAAUAUGCGUGCAAAUGGCACAAUCCACUUUGGGGUCAUGGACAAGACAAAAACAUCCUACAAACAUGGAGAGAUUAUUGGAAUUCCCAUCAAAGACAGAGAAGACUACGAAGAUGCAUUAGACUUCAUUGAACAUUGUUUUCCAACACAGAACUCUGAUGCAAGAAAAUGUAUCAAGCCUCCAAAAUUCAUUCCAGUAAUUGAUAAAGAUGAUCAGACCCAAAGCUGGAUCGUCGAAGUCGAUGUAGUUCCUAUGGUGAAUAUUGUAAGGGGAAAAUUAUAUAGUGCACGUAUUCCAAAGUUCAAUGAGAAAACCAAUAAAGUUGAAUAUGAGCAAAAAGCUUAUUAUCAUAGAGUAGGACCCAACACACCACGUAUAUCGGAAGAUGAACUUGUAAAUUUUGUUCAAGCACUCAUAGACCUUGACCAAAAAAGAGAAUGGGAAGAAAAUUACCAGAAUCACACAGAAGUACAUUUUAAAGAAGACUUGGGAAGAAAACUCUGUGUCCUUCUAACACGUGGAAAGAAAUGCAUGGACAACACGUUGCGUUACAUUAUUGUGUCGAACAGAUUUGAUCAAGAAAACCUCCAAAACAUCAAAUUCCUUGCCCACAUGAAUAUCUUUUCAGUUUUUGACUUUGAUCCUGACUCCAAAUUACUUGGAUUUUGUCAUAAUUACAAAGAGCACCAUGCAGUCAACCUUCACUUCCUUAAUGAUUAUGAUCAUAGGGAGAACAUAACUGACUUUAUUAAAAAGUUACAGCUCUAUGAAAGAACAAGUUGGAUUUUCUGCAAUGGCCGAAAUGAUUACAAUGGAGAUGAGAGUCCAUGCGAUGAAAGGACAUGGAUCAAAAACAAGAAGAAACUACUGAAAAGAGCAGUAUCUGUUAUCUGCAAUGACAUUCUUCCUAAAGGAUCAUUUGUGGUGCUGUUCAUUCUUAAUUGUGAAGUUGAACAACCCCUUGUUGACACUUUUCAUGAGUUCUACGCAGAAAUGAGUGGACAUGAAGACAUAGUCAUCAUCUCAGAGUCAAUGGAGAAUUAUAAGAAAUGGGCAAGUCUUGCCCAAGUGUCUUGUUCCCUGGAUGCACUUGAACAAAACAGUGUAGUUGGAAUGCCAAUGAGUCAUAUAGAUGCCACAAUUCAAAGCAUUCAGCUUACAAGUCGUCGACGUGAAAGACGUUUACCUGUAUCAAAUAAAGGAGUAUGCUUUUUAAAACCUGUUGAUGAGGAUUAUAUGCUCUCCUUAGAAGUAGUCAGUGUGGAUCAGUGUGAUGAAACAAAUGAAAAUAUAAUGGAGCAAGAACAAAUAAACAAAAUUGAACAAUACUUCUACCAGGGAGGAAAAAUUGAUUGGAUGAAUUUGUGGCUGGCUGACAGAACUCAGUGUGGAGAAGUUAUCAAGCGUGAUGCAUAUGAGGACAUUAACAAAAUGUUAGAAGAUCUUGUUUUAAGUAACACAUCGAAAAGGUCAAUUGAAAACAUCAACAUAUAUCAUCAUCCUGGCAGUGGUGGAAGCACAGUUGCUCGACAGAUUCUCUGGAAUUGGAGGAAAAAGAUACGAUGUGCUAUAGUUAAUCAAUCAUACCAGCCAACAACUGUGUGUGAACACGCUGUAAUGCUUCAAAAUUAUCAGGAAGUUGACAGUAAUUCCUGUUUACCUGUCCUCUUGUUGCUGGAGGAUUGCAAUACAGAGUAUCAGGAUGACCUCAGACGAGAAUUAAGCAAUGCAGUUACAUCACUGAAGAUUAGUUCCUCAACACUGUGUUUCAUUAUUCUGUGCUGUAAAAGGUCUCUUGAUCCAGAAAAUAUGUGUAAAGCGUGGCCUUUACGCACAGUUGCAGUUACACACAAGCUAUCAUCUGAAGAAAAGAAACUUUUCUCAAAGAAGGCAGAAAAUCUCAAGCCAAAGUUUGAACCAGAAUUUAUACUCACAUUUGUACUCAUGAGCAAAGAGUUUCAGCCAUCUUAUAUCACAGGCUGUGUUGGGAACCUUCUGAAGGGAAUUGACCAUUCGUGUUCUCAGACACAGCUGAUCAAAUUUGUUGCACUACUAAACAGCCAUAUUCAGAAUUCUUAUCUGUCUAUAUCCCACUGUGAGGCAUUCUUACGUAUAGGGAUUCAAAUGGAACAAGUUCGACACCAUGCAUUUGAAAACUAUUUAAGUGAACAAGCUAGGUUUUUUUUCAUACAGCUCAAAUCUAGUGAAACACAUAUUGACUCGUUUAGGAUCAUUCAUCAUUUGGUGGCUAAGGAGAUUUUGAAGCAGCUGUCAAGCCAACAGCCCCAGAGUGCUAUAGCAAUGGAUCUGCUCCAGAACAAAGUGCUUUUUGACCACAGAUUUGAUCAGGAAGAAUUUAAAAAGUUUGUCAGAGUUCUGUUUAUCAAGCGGACCAAGAAAAGUAAAGGGGAUCCGAAUGACAGUUGGUUUUCUCCCUUAAUAGAGCAUGUGUGGAAGACAGAGUCUCUGGAAAAAGCUAUAGGCCUUUUAAAGGUAGCUUACGAGCGUUUUAAAGAGGAUGCUUUUGUUGCUCAACAACUUGCACGACUUCUUAAUGAAAAUAAAAGGUUUGAGGAAGCUCAUACCUGGGCUGAAUGUGCAAAGUCUCGUCUCCCGCAACACACAUACAUACUUGACACAGUGGGACAAGUGUACAAAAAGUGGUUCUAUCACAAACAAGAUGCUAUUCUUGAAAAAGACCCCAUCAAACCAGAGGAUAUCACUGAUAUAAUUGAUACGGCUCUUAAGGGAAUGGAUGCUUUCAGAGCCUCAGAAAACUGUCCAGAGUCACAGAAAGUCUGCUUAAAUAAUUCUUACUUUGGAGAAGUUGAUAUUGGAUGUCGAUUGCUUGAGCUGCUGUCAAAUGUUGAUGUUUUUGCUACCAAAAUGGGAAAGUUCAGACUUGUGGAUUACCUUCUUACAGACUAUACACCAGAGGAAGUACAGAAGCCUUGGCAGAAGUUUCAUGGCCUUUUGAAAGGAAUUAACAACAGCAUCUUAAUUGCCCUGGAAUGCAUUUGUGAGGAUCUCGCUCGCUUUCAGAAUCACAGUUCGGAGGAAGAGGAAGAGUUGGAUGAAGGAGAGCCUGAGAAAAUAAAUAAUCCAAGAAAAUGGCUUCUAAGGAAAAGUGCUGUGUAUGCCAAGAUUUUCAGUGUUGACAUUCAAAAGGAUGAGGCUAUUGGUAAUGACACAGUCUCUACGUUCAUGAGACAAAUGAACAUUUUUCAACUUGGAGGCGGAAACGUUACAACAAUUCUUUACCUGCUUUCGGAUAACAAGAGACAAAGAGCUGGAGAAAAACUUGAGAAAAUAAUAAGUCUCUUUCCAGCAGACCUAAAAGAUCUCGACAAGACAGUGCUCAUAAACGCCAUAUUUUGCCAAAUAGCUCUUUCAUGUGCCUCACCUAGCUCUGAGAAACUUUUUUCCAUUCAAAAACUUCAAGAGCUCACCAGACAUUUUGGUAGAGAAAGAAGAACUCCAUUACCAGCGACUGCAUACUUUCUCCUCUCACUUUUGUUCUGGCCAGAGGAUUUAACAAGCAGAGAGGAUUCUACUACAAGAAGUGACAUUGUCACAAAUGCAAUAGGCAGACUCCACAGGUACUAUGAAAUUAAUCCCACUGCCGUGAGGAAAGGUAGGAUUUUAACUCACUUCUUUCUCGGAAAAGCAAGAGGUCUCAAUAAAAUUGUCCACAAGACCACAAUUGAAAAAUUCAUCAAGGGUACCUUCAAUGAGAGACGUCUCAAGUGGCAGGGCGGUGAGGUGUGGACAAACCCAGAAGUUGUGAGACUGCUAAAGAGAGUUGAUGGAUACACUGAAAAUGGAAAUCUGUUCAUAAGGUUAUCUAAGACCAAUAUCAGAGUCAUUCCACUUUUUUCAGCAUCUUUGCCAAGUUCAAAUGAAAAUAUGACUUUCUAUCUGGGGUUUUCUUUUCAUGGAGUGGUAGCUUUUGACAUCAAAGUCUCACAAUAGAAUUGUUAUUUAAAGGUUCAGAUUACUUUAUCAAAAAUACCAACUUGUGGGAUUAUAAUGUAUAGCAAUGUGUUUAAAAUGUCUGCCUCUUAUUUGGUUUGUUUUGAAACUGUAUAUUACAUCAUAUUUUUGUACAUUUUGACAUUGGAGACAUAUAUUUAUGCAGAUAUUUAGAUAAGUAAACUCAGUAAGGAUAGCUUUAGAAGGCACUACCUGUUGGAAGGCACUUAAUUACAGAAGAUACUUCUCGUCACAUUUUUCCAAUUGUUUAGUAUCUUUAUAACAAUGUUUAGAUGGAAUUGAAUGAUUAAGAACAGCAUUAACAUACAAGAAUGUACAUUAAACAUGACAUUUGAAGUGGACCUGUAUGUUUUACAAUGUAACUUAAAUUACUCAUAUUGCAUUAUCUUUUAUUUUUAAUGCCAUGAUUUUCUGACAUCAAUAAUUAGCUAAAAAAUAUGAUGUGAUCUUAUAUUUAUGUACAUUAGUAUGCAAAAAAUGUCUGUCCUUUAUUUUGAUGGUGACUUUCAGUUUGAAUAAUACAUUUUAAGUUGUACAUUUAAUAAAAAAAACUUUUAGAA